UGUUAUUUCCUAAUUUGACAGGUGAAAUACCAAGGGAGCUUGGAUAUCUUCAAAGACUCCAACUAUUUGGAUUGUAUCAAAACAGGCUGAGUUUGUUCAAUUCCAGCAAGCCUUUUCAACAUUUCAACCCUCCAAAUCUUGACAAUUGUGGAUUGUCAGUUAUCGGGGAGUCUACCGUCAAAUGUAGGGCAAGGGACACCAAAUCUCAAGGAAAUUUAUUUAGGAAUAAAUAAUCUCACUGGAGUCUUCCCUGCUUUUAUUUCCAAUGCGUCAAGACUCACUGUUCUAGACCUUUCUAACAACAUCCUCUCCGGUUCCAUUCCUGAUUCCCUUGGUAAUUUGGAAUUCCUUGUAGUUCUACAGAUAGGCCUUAACAAGUUGAUCUAUCAGAAUCCCUCUUCACAAUUAACUUUCCUGACUUCACUGACAAGAUGUCGAAAUCUAAGAGAACUGGUCAUUGCACGAAAUCCCUUAAACGACAUUCUUCCAGUUUCUAUUGGUAAUUUCUCAAGCUCUCUCCAAAUCUUUUCUGCACCAGGGUGCAAACUCAGAGGCAUUAUCCCAGAAGAAAUUGGAAACCUAACAAAUGUGUUAUGGAUAUCACUAUUUGCCAAUGACUUGACAGGAUUCAUCCCGAAAACUGUUAGGGGUUUGCAGAAGCUUCAAAGGAUUCUUAUACAGAGUAACAUGAUAAGUGGGACUAUACCAGAUGAAAUUUGCUACUUGCAGAAUCUAGGAGACCUGAUUGUAGGGAGAAAUAAAAUUUCAGGUCCCUUGCCAUCCUGUUUGGGGAAUGUUACUACUUUGAGAAAUCUAUAUCUAGCCUCAAAACAAGUUGAACUCCAGCUUACCUGAGACCCUAUGGAACCUUCAAGAUCUAUUGGAACUUGAUGCAGCAUCAAAUUCAUUUUCUGGUGUUCUAUCUCCCCAAAUAGGAAACCUGAAGAAUGUCAUAGACAUUGAUUUGUCGUACAAUGACUUUUCAGGCAUGAUCCCUACCACUAUGGGAAGUCUACAGAAGUUAAUUACUUUAUCUCUAUCAGACAACAGAAUAGAUGGCCCCAUUCCAGAGUCUUUUGGGAAAAUGUUAAGCUUGGAAUUCUUGGAUUUGAGUUAUAACAAUCUGACUGGCGGAAUACCAAAGUCCUUAGAAGCUCUUGAGUACCUCAAAUACCUUAAUGUUUCCUUCAAUAAACUCAGCGGAGAAAUUCCAAUUGGUGGACCUUUUGCAAACUUCACCAAUCAGUCAUUUCUGUCUAAUAAUGCAUUAUGUGGUAUAUCAAGGUUCCAAGUGCCUCCUUGCCAAGGCAAAUCUCAUCGGAGGACGAGUAGAAAAAGAGUGCUUUACUUGUUUCUGUAUAGUCUUUUGGGAAUAACAUCUGUAAUUGUUGCAUCAGCUAUUGGAUUUCUGAUUUUAAAAAGAAGAAAAAGAAAUGAACCAUUGGGAUCAACUGAAGUAUCAUCCAUGAGGGUCCAUGAAAGAGUCUCCUAUUAUGAACUUCAACAAGCAACAAAUGGAUUCAGUGAGGACAAUUUGCUUGGUACUGGGAGUUUUAGCAAGGUGUACAAAGGGGUAAAGGAUGGGAUGAUAUUCGCAGUAAAGGUAUUCAAACUGGAACUUGAAGGUGCAUUCAAGAGCUUCGAUGCAGAAUGUGAGAUCUUACGCAACCUUCGCCAUCGGAACCUGACAAAAGUCAUAACUUCUUGUUCCACCCCCAACUUCAAGGCCUUAGUAUUAGAAUACAUGCCAAAUGGCACCCUUGACAAAUGGUUACACUCUCAUGACUUAUUCUUAGACAUGUUGCAGAGGUUGGACAUAAUGAUCGAUGUAGCAUCUGCUUUAAACUAUCUCCAUAACGGUUAUUCAGAGCCAGUGGUGCAUUGUGAUUUGAAGCCUAGCAACAUUUUGCUAGAUGAAAACAUGGUUGCCCAUUUAAGUGAUUUUGGGAUUGCAAAACUGUUAGGUGCAGAAGAUAGUUUUAGACAAACUAAGACUAUUGGAACCAUUGGAUACAUCGCGCCAGAGUAUGGGCAAGAUGGACUUGUAUCAACAAGUUGCGACGUGUAUAGCUUUGGCAUUGUGAUGAUGGAAGCAUUCAUAAGGAGGAGGCCUAGUGAUGAAAUGUUUACGGGGGAUUUGAGCCUAAAACAUUGGGUAAACGACUCACUUCCUACCGGAGUUGCACAAAUUGUUGAUGCAGAUUUGAUAAGGCAAAAGGAAGAACCUCUAAAUGCAAAGAUGCAAUGCUUUAUUUCUGUCAUGGAAUUGGCUUUAAGCUGCACUUCAGUGUCACGAGACGCUAGAGUCAACGUGAAAGAAGCUCUUUUGGGACUCAAGAAGAUACGACUUCAAUUGGUCACAAGCUAAAAAUUGAAGUGUGUAUUUUAAGCCAGAAAGUUCACUCUUUGUAAUGUCUAAUAGGCCUGUUUUGUUUAUUUGUUAACUAGUCGCCUUUAUACUUCCAUCAUAGGCAAAUUGUUUUCCUAAACUUGUUUUUCCUCUAUUGGACAAGUUCAUUAUCUCCAAAAGCAGGACUCGAGAAAGUUAUGAUGAAAGAAGCAUGCAGUAUACAGAUUGUAAAAUGGUAAUCUAACUCCAGUAAUUAGCAGAACAUUUGACAGGUAAUUACUGAUAAUUUUCAUUGAAAAAUAAAGCAGUUGUUUGUCAA